AUGGCUUCCCAGAGCCAAGAUGAAAUUGCAAAGACCAUUUUACAAGUGUGCAGAAAGCCAUUGACUCCAUCCCACAAUGCAACAAAUUGUGGACUCGUAUCCAUGUUAAACCUGGCACCUACAAGUGUUGAUGGUUUUGCAUUUGCAUACAGUGGAAAAGUUAUAAUCCCUGGAGAGAAACCAACAAUUAUAAUGUUAUCUUUUUCGGCUGGUACUGGUGAUAAUGGUCAAAUAGAAAACAUUUCAUGGGCACCAGCGGCUCUUAUUCAUGCUGAUAAGGCCGCUUUCUAUGAGUUCUCUUCUAGUAAAGCUGCAGGUGUUAUUUGUAGAUUUGGAAAUAAUCGUUAUGUAGCUAAUACCCUUUAUGUUGGCAAGUACCACAGCCAAUUCAAGACGCUUCAAAGUGCUAUUGAUUCCAUUCCUGAAAACAAUGAUCAAUGGAUCAAAAUUCAAAUUAGCCCUGGAUGUUACCAGGAGCAAAUAACAAUUCCAAUCAACAAACCCUGUAUAGUUCUUGAAGGACAUGGUAGUGCGACAAGAAUUUCUUAUUAUGCACAUGAAAGAACAGAUCUUAGUGCAACUUUCUCCGCAUUUGCAGACAAUAUUAUAGCCAAGUACAUUACUUUUGAGAAUUCAUAUAAUCUUGGAGUCUUAGAAAGACUAAACUUGACUCAACAACAAAUAGAUUUGGCAGCAUCAACAUCAAAAAACCCAUUGAUACAAGCAGUAGCAGCAAGAAUUUAUGGUGAUAAAUCAGCAUUUUAUGCUUGUAGUUUCAUAGGAGUACAAGAUACAUUAUGGGAUGUCCAAGGACGCCAUCUCUUCUCCAAUUGUUACAUCCAAGGAGCUGUAGACUUCAUUUUUGGAAACGGACAAUCUAUUUAUGAACGUUGUACGCUUAAUUACACUGGUGGGUAUAUAGGACCAGGUGCGGGGUAUGUAACAGCUCAGGGUCGAGAAUCAGCGAGUGAAGCAACUGGGUUUGUAUUCAGACGAGGUAUGGUUACAGGCACUGGUCAAGCCUAUCUGGGAAGAGCGUACCGUCCUUAUUCAAGAGUAAUAUUCAUCGCCACUUGGUUUUCCUCUAUUGUGACUCCAGCAGGAUGGAACGAAUGGCAGUACAAGGGAGAAGAAAGGAAUUUGGUGUUCGGAGAAAUGGGUUGCCAGGGUCCAGGGUCUGAGACUUCAGGGAGAGUUUGGUGGGCAAAAAAUUCCAUUUCCAAUAUUGGAAGGGCCUUGCGACAGUUUUCAAUCAAAGCUUUCAUCAACCAAGAUGGGUGGCUUGACAACUUACCUGGAUGA